AUGGCGGCGCCCUCGUACAUGUGGCGCUCCGUCUGAGAGUGUUGUCAUCGUGUGAUUCAGUGUAAAACCUUCGUCAGACGAAGCCAAGACACGCGGAGAAGAUAUUCACCAAAUAUCGUAGCAUUUUUUGACGCCACACUUGGAGCCAAGAUGAAGAUGAAGAUGAAGAUGAAGAAUAGAGGGCAAGGGAAGCUGCUCAACAAGAGCAUCAAAGUCCGAGGUCAGUGGAAAGCUGUGGACUUGGAUCCGAGUCUGUUUUCAGAGGAAGGUUUGGAGGGUCUCGUCUGCUUCGAGGAGCUCACCAGCUACCGGCUGGUGGACUCAGAAAAGGCCGCGUCGCAAGCAGCCAAGAUGCUGCAGAAGGAGAAGAUGGCGAAGAAGAGAAAAGCCUCUGAGGAAGGUGAAGGUGAAGGUGUGGAGGAAAGUAGCACCCCAGAGCCAGCCAAGAAGAAGGCCAAAAAGAAGAAGAAAAAGAAGGCACCUGUGGAGGAUAAAUCUGAGGAGACACCGGACAUGACACAGGAGCCGAAUAAGGUCGAGGAAAAUGUGAUGCAGGACGAGAUCAAGGUUCAGCAAGAUGUGAUGCAGGAGGAGAACAAAGUUGAGCAAGAUGCCUUGAGUUCAGAACCAAAACAAUUGAAAAAGAAGAAUAAAAAGCAGCAGAAGAGGAAAGAGAAGAUGGAGAUAGAGAAGGCGUCUGGUGUUGCCGAUCCAGGAACUGAAAAUAAGGAGGCCGUACCAAAGAAGAAGCAGCUGAAGAACUGGACGGAAGCUGGCCUCGAUGUGUCUCAAAACUGUGACGUGAGCGCGUGGACUGAUCUGUUCGUUCCAGCAGAGGUUCUGAAAGCGCUGAGCAGUUUGGGUUUCAGUGCUCCGACUCCCAUCCAAGCCCUGGUUCUUCCUGCAGCCAUCCGAGACAGACUGGACAUCCUGGGAGCCGCAGAGACAGGAAGUGGAAAGACUUUGGCGUAUGGGAUUCCCAUGAUCCACAGCAUCCUGGAGUGGAAGAGCAGUGGAAAACAACAAGAGAGAGAAGACGAAGAGCCGCAGAAGGUGGAGAGUUUGUACCUUCCUGAUGCAGGUUUUGAUAAAGAAGAAGAAGAGGAGGAAGAAGAAGAGGAGGUGCCAGAGCUUACUGCGGCGGAGGAGCAGGGUGAUGAAGAUGAGCUGCGUGGCUGCGUCCCACUGAUCGAGAAUGCAGUGUUUGGGUUUGAGGGGGGAAUCAGCGCCCCCUCUGAUGACAGUCAGCCACUGCUGGGUUUGGUCUUGACUCCAACUAGAGAACUGGCUGUGCAGGUGAAACACCACAUCGACGCUGUUGCCAAGUUCGCAGGCGUCAGGACGGCCAUCGUUGUGGGCGGGAUGUCCCUGCUGAAGCAGAGGAGGAUAUUGAAGAGACGACCAGAGAUCGUCAUCGCCACCCCGGGACGAUUGUGGGACCUCAUCAGGGAGCAGCACCCGCAUCUGCAGAACCUUCGCCAGCUCCGGUGUCUGGUCAUCGACGAGGCCGACCGCAUGGUGGAGCGCGGCCACUUUGCCGAGCUGGAGAACCUGCUGGAGUUGCUCAACACGACCUACUUUAACCCCAGCAGACAGAGCUUCGUGUUCUCGGCCACCCUCACCAUGGCCCCCGUUCUACCGUCCCGCGUCCUGCAGAAGAAGAGGAACCCGGAGAAGCGCGACAAGGUGGCCCUGCUCAUGGAGAAGGUGGGCAUCAAGUCCAAGCCCAAGAUCGUGGACCUUACCAGGAAGGAGGCCACGGCGGAAACCCUGCUGGAGACGCUGAUCCACUGCCAGAAGGAUGAGAAGGACUUCUUCCUCUACUACUUCCUGCUGCAGUACCCGGGCCGCACCAUGGUGUUCGCCAACAGCAUCGAGUGCAUCAAAAGACUCAACUCGCUGCUGAUCAUCCUGGACUGCAACCCCAUGCCGCUGCACGCCAACAUGCACCAGAAGCAGCGGCUGAAGAACCUGGAGCGCUUUGCCGACCGGCAGAGCUGCGUUUUGCUCACGACGGACGUGGCUGCCAGAGGGCUGGACAUCCCCAACGUGCAGUACGUCAUCCAUUACCAGGUUCCCCGGACGUCAGAAACCUACGUCCACCGCAGCGGCCGUACAGCAAGAGCCAGCAAAGAAGGACUGAGCCUCAUGAUGGUCGGGCCUGAAGAUAUGAUCAACUUCAAGAAGAUCUACAAAACUCUCGGGAAGGACGACGACCUACCGCUGUUCCCCGUGGAGACCAAAUAUAUGGAGGCCAUCAAGGAACGGGUCAACUUGGCCCGUCAGAUUGAGAAGAUCGAGUUCUACAACAGCCGACAGAAGCAGCACGAUUCCUGGUUCAAGCACGCAGCUGAAGCCAUGGAGGUGGACCUGGACGAGGACCUGCUCAUGGGAGGGUCGUCCCAGGAUGACGAGGACCGCCAGCAGAAGAAGAUGGUGAAGUCCAUGAAGAAGCACCUGAAGUCCCUGACCUCUCAGCCCGUCUUUAAGAACAUCAUCAAGACCAAGUACCCCACCCAGAUGGGACACCUCCCGCUGCCUCACGUGCUCCAGUGUGGGGAUCAGAGCGCCAUCAGCAGGGUGUCGGAGCAGCAGCAGAAGCACAUCUUGAAGAAGAACAAUCAAUCGCAGUCCAAGAAGAAGAGGAAGAAUAAGAAGAGACAAAAGCAGCAGCAGCAAGAGUGAUGUUUUAAAAUAGUGUAUUUAAGAAACAGAAUGUUGUUUAUGGUGAUCAAGUUUGACAUAAAAACAAGCCUUUUUGGAGUCUUUACUCAGUGUUUGUGUCCAGAGAGAGGUCAGGUG